AAAGUAAAAGCGUAAACAAACGCCAGUCGCACACAAAAAACCCGACCCACCACCAGCACUUUUCUCACUCUCGGCAGCAGUAGUUCCCUUCUUUGUAUUCUUCACUGUCAUUUCUGCCAUUUUCCUCACCACAGACAAUCCUGUUUAGAAAAACAACAAUCCUGUUUUGUAGCAUCAUCCUAUCCGAUCAUCCGAAACUACGUCCACUAAUUCAGAGUGUCCAACUCACUCGUUGAAGCGAAAAACCCGAACGCAAUCAACAGGGACUCCAUCUUUUCCUUUCUCCACAGUGGAACGAUACGGCAGCAAAAUUAAUUACUCAAAGUUCCACAAUGCGAUGUCGCUGUCGGCGAUGUCGAAGCCGAUCCUGUACUCGUACUGGCGGAGUUCCUGCUCGUGGCGGGUGCGGAUAGCGCUGAACCUGAAGGAGAUUCCGUACGACAUCAAGCCGAUCAGUCUGAUCAAAUCGGGCGGCGAGCAGCACUGCAACGAGUACCGCGAAGUCAACCCGAUGGAGCAGGUGCCGUCGCUGCAGAUCGAUGGGCAUACCUUGGUAGAAUCGCUAGCAAUUUUGCACUAUCUGGAGGAGACGCGUCCCCAGCGUCCCCUGCUACCGCAGGACGUCCUGAAACGUGCCAAGGUUCGCGAGAUUUGCGAGGUCAUCGCCUCCGGCAUCCAGCCGCUGCAGAACCUGAUCGUGCUGAUCCACGUCGGCGAGGAGAAGAAGAAGGAAUGGGCCCAACACUGGAUCACCCGUGGAUUCCGGGCCAUCGAGAAACUGCUGUCCACGUCGGCCGGCAAGUUCUGCGUCGGCGAUGAAAUCACCCUGGCCGAUUGCUGUCUCGUACCGCAGGUGUUCAACGCCCGGCGCUUCCACGUCGAUCUGCGUCCGUAUCCGAUCAUCUUGCGCAUCGAUCGGGAACUAGAGGGCCAUCCGGCGUUCCGCGCGGCGCAUCCUUCGAAUCAACCGGACUGCCCGCCGGAAGCGGCCAAGUAGGAGGGCACUGUGCCCAUCGAGAAACUCGGAAAUGAGAGCAAAACAAUAUAGAGUUGUCUAGGUCUCAAACAAACGUUCAAAUGAUAUACACAAAACAACACGCAUAAAUUACCUACCUAUUAACGCUGGUUAUUUACAAGUAAAACAGACAAAAAAUUAGUGUUCGCUUAAUGGAGAUUCUAAAAUUUUUAACCUAACCUAACCUAACAACGCAAAGAUUGAGGGAGAGGAAAAGUAACGAAUCAUGUAUACAAAAUCGAACCAGAGACAACUAGACAAAGCGACAACAAAUUCUUCGUGGGUGGAACUUUUCAAAAAAGGACGCCCACCCAAAACUAAGUUUUACUCAUUUCAAAAUGGCGGAAAAUGAUCUGUUUUUUU